AAACUAAAGCGGUUUAUCCGCAGCACAACCCACAAAAUGUGAUUCGGAAACAUAGGAAAAUCCUCUGACCACGUUAAAAAAAGGGAAAGCCAAAGCCAUAGCCAGGCCAGCCAUUGGUGUCGUCACAGGCUCUUCAUCUUUCGCGAGCAAAACUGUUGCUUACACUCUAAAAUCAGUCGAUAUCACCUUGCUUAUAGGAAUCUCUGUUCCACGAUGAUGUUCCAGUUCAAUUACUUCCUACUCAGAAAGGAAACCUCUUGUUCAACAAAGAAAGAUGAAGUGUCGACAUGAGAGACCCAAAGUACAGAACACAACAAUUCCCAGUUUCCCCAUCUGUCUUUUCACUCUUUUGGGUCUUUCUGCUAUAGCGUGAAAGGGUCGUGCAGCAUUGAUAAUCUCCCAUUUGCAUCUUCUUUUCUUUUGGGUCGCGUCACUCUCAAAACUAACAGCCGAAGAUAGAUUAAACUGGAUAAAGUCCUUGUUCCUCGUCUUGUCCGUGUUCUUAACUUUUGACACUCCAUUUAUAAGUGAAGAAGGAAGAAAGCAGAGAGAGCAGCAGCAGCUGCGAUAGAACAGAUUCAAUGAAGACUUCCCUCUUCUUCUUCUUCUGCUGCUCACUGUCUCUCCUCUUCUGUUUCCAUCUUCCCAGGGUUUCAUCGUCUGCUGGUGUUGACCGACUUAAGUUGCCACCAAGAGGUUGGAACUCGUACGAUUCCUUCUGUUGGACGAUUUCUGAGGAUGACUUCUUGACGAGUGCUAAAGUUGUUGCAAAGUAUCUAAAAUCUCAUGGAUAUGAGUAUGUGGUGGUGGAUUACCUUUGGUACAGAAGACUAGUUCCAGGCGCCUACGUUGAGUCUCUUGGGUUCGAUGUGAUCGACCAAUGGGGGAGAAUGGUUCCUGCUCCGGAUCGAUGGCCUUCUGCCAAGUCAGGGAAAGGGUUCACUGAAGUUGCCAAGGAAGUCCAUAGUUUGGGUCUCAAGUUUGGAAUCCAUGUCAUGAGAGGAUUGAGCCGACAAGCAUUUGAUGCUAACACCCCUAUAUUGGACAUUACCACGGGGCGUGCUUACAAAGAAUCCGGUCGAGAAUGGAGGGCUCAAGACAUAGGGAUCAAGGAGAGGAGUUGUGCAUGGAUGCCACAUGGUUUCAUGAGUGUUAACACUUCAUUGCCUGCUGGAAGAGCCUUCUUGAGCUCACUCUAUCACCAGUAUGCCGAGUGGGGUGUUGAUUUCAUUAAGCAUGAUUGCGUAUUUGGUGCUGACUUCAACUUAGAAGAGAUAACAUAUGUCUCGAGGGUGCUGAAGAAGCUCAAUCGACCAAUCUUAUACUCACUCUCCCCUGGAACUUCUGUCACGCCAGCAAUGGCUAAAGAGCUCAAGGGAUUGGCAAAUAUGUACAGAGUAACCGCAGAUGAUUGGGAUUCGUGGGGAGAUGUGGCUUCACAUUUUGAUGUUGCAAGGGACUUUGCUAAGGCAGAAAUGGUCCCAGGUGAGGGCUUGCUUGGAAAUUCAUGGCCCGAUUUGGAUAUGCUGCCCUUAGGGUGGCUUACUGAUCAAGGAGUCAAUAGAGGACCUCAUAGGCAAUGCAACCUUACCCUUGAUGAGCAAAGAACUCAGAUGACUUUGUGGUCGAUGGCAAGGUCUCCGCUCAUGUUUGGAGGAGACGUUAGAAAGAUUGAUAUGACAACUUACAAAUUGAUCACUAAUCCUACUUUGCUGGAGAUAAAUGAUUAUAGCUCCAACAAUAUGGAGUUCCCUUAUGUUACUGGGAAGAUACUGGGUCCAACAAUGAGCCAUCUCACAAGGCAAUCAAGGAUAUCUAUGUUGAAUCGAGGCAGUGAUCAUCAUCAUGCCCGGGGUGUAGGUCUAACGAGUUGCAAGGAUCCCAAUGCAAAUGGUUGGUCGGUUGAAUCUCUUGACCAGUACCAUGAACAGAUCUGCUGGAGGGAGGAGGGAGAGAAGCUAAACCAGGAACCGUUAUGCCUAUACAAGAGGAAACCUCUCUUGGCUUCAACCAAUGAUCAUGUGCUUUAUGGCCUAGAUAGCCGCCAAUUGUUCACGAGUGAUGACAGAGUGAAGUCUUGCUUGGAUGCUUCUCCAAGGCACAAAAUUACUUCUAGAGAGUGGAAGAAAAAGCAGCCCUCAUUCUCAACCUGCAAAGGGGAUGCCAAUCAGAUGUGGAAGUUGAGCAGCAAUGCUACUCUCAGGAGCAGUUACUCUGGCCUAUGCGUCAGGGUAAAACAAGUUAAAGGUAAUGGUCAAUUGCAUUAUCAACGACUCAGCCCUGGAUGCUAACAGAUCGGUCACCACAAACUUGUCACUAAACCUUUAAGAAAAUAAGAUAAUACUCAUUUCAUCAAGUUUUUCAUCUAAAUUGUCGAGAUCAGCAUGUCGAAUAUCCGUAUAAUAGAAGAACGAAGGGACGAGAGUGGUUAAGAUAAUGUUGGUUGAAAUUAGGCAAAGUCUGAUCAGUACAAGUUAUAGUCCAUAUAUGCAAAUUAGCAUUUAUUCAUACAAACAUAUCGUUAAUUUGGUUGAGUUUGCAUAAAAUAGUCAAUUUUGAGGGAAAAUGUGAUGUUAGGAUUUUCAGUGACAGGUCUGAAAUUGCAAACUUGUUACUUUUACUGAUGUUCUGUUCAUAUAGCUAAUGAUAUCAGGAUCAGUGGGGUACGAUCCUGGAUUGCGACGGGAAGACGAGGAGAAAUCUAUGUUGCUUUCUUCAACCUCAAUGUUGAGAAGACAUUGAUCUCGGCCAAGUUAUCAGACAUGGCCAAGGUGCUUCCAGGGAGAAACCUGGAACAUAAAGCUGCUUGUAAAGGCCGAGAAGUUUGGAGCGGGCAGCGUUAUGGAGCUGUGGGGGAUCCAUUGGAGAUGGUAGUGGAGAAGCACGGAUGUGCACUCUUUGUCCUGACCUGCAGCUAGUUUAGGUUAGUAGAAAACUAUGUUGUUGCAGUAGGAAAUCUGUGUUAUUUCUUUUUCUUUUCUAACUACUAGCAUAAGUUAGAGGGGAGAAAGAGCAAAAGGUUGAAGCUUUAUUUCAGUAUGGUGCUUAAGAAACCAGAGGAUUGGGAGGUUAACAAGUGAGAAGUCAGAAAAGCAGGGGAGUUUUAUGCGUGCUCUGUUUCCUCUGUUUUCUGGAUAAUUAUCACAAAUGGUCACACAACCCAUCAAUUAGUAUAACACGAUCACUAAAGUUUAAUUUUACUGGUUUAAAUAAAACAUGUUCUCCAUAAAAAAAAUCCGUUAACUCAGUACAAUCAAGAAAGAAAGGUGUCUACAAGCUUGGGCUCUC